UCCGCCAUGGCGAGCCAGUCGCAGGGCAUCCAGCAGUUGCUGCAGGCCGAGAAACGAGCUGCAGAGAAGGUGGCCGAGGCUCGAAAACGUAAGUAUGGGGCGGCCGCGGAGGGGAAGAAUCGGAGGCUGAAGCAGGCCAAGGAAGAAGCCCAGGCAGAGAUCGAGCAGUACCGCCUGCAGAGGGAGAAGGAGUUCAAAGCCAAGGAGGCAGCGGCGCUUGGAUCUCAUGGCAGCUGCACCACUGAGGUUGAGAAAGAGACCCAGGAGAAGAUGAGUGUGAUCCAGCAGAACUUCCAGAAGAACCGUGAGGUGGUCCUCUCCCAGCUGCUGUCGCUGGUGUGCGACAUCAAACCUGAAAUCCACGUCAAUUACCGCAUCAACGGCUAGCCAGGGGAGCAGGAAUAAUCCACACACUGGAAAUGCUGGGCAGUGCCAUCUGAGCUUCAGGUGCAAUGUCCAGCUCUCAGCCAUGCCUUCACUGUUCCCCUUGUACAUGUGUUCAGUUAUUUCAGUGAGUUGUAGGUCAUCAGUGUCUCAUUGGAGUUCCGUCAGUUCCUCUCUUGCCAUGGAUUCAGAGCUUGUCAGUGGCCACGUCUCAGAUCUGUGCUGUUGAGUAUAUAUUCACAUGGGCACAUUACUGCUCUCAUUCCCUCUGGGUAGUGUUCGGGGAGAGGCUUUCCUCUGCAAAGUAGGAAGGGGAGAGAGUUGCUGGCCAGGUGUAGAGGGAGAGCCUGUGUCAGUAAUAGGCCUGUGUAGCUGUGUUCUUGACCAAAAUGCAUUUUUCAGUGUGUUGUUAACCUUUGUACAGAGGUUAAACCUCAUCAGAAGAAUUCUCUGGCUGUACAGUGCUGGCUGAUGAUUUCCAGGUGCUUGAGUUCCUCUGUAUUGAAUAUUCUCUGUAUGUUCUGCUGUUAGCUUGAGUUACAAGUCUGGCAUUAUGACACUUGAAAGUAA